UUCGGUCCUCCGCGGCAGAGGGCUGCUCCGGUGACCCUUCCCAGCCGGAGACUCCCCUCCCGCGGGGGCGCCGCGCAAACUCCCUCCCUCGCUCCCUCGCCGGGUCUGUGCCGGCCCUUGCCCGGCGGUGGUGCCUUUGUGCUGCCUGAGCCAGGCGGGCGAGUGCGUGGGGUGGGGAGCGCUCCCUCCCUCUUUCCCGGCGCUGCUGCCCUUCCGGGGAGGGGUGCCGGGCGAGCAGGCAGGCGGGAGCGAGCGAGCGCCAGCGGCCUUUUGUCAUUCGGCGCACGCCGCAGACUCGUCCCCGCUCGCUCGCUCGCUCACUCCGGAGCUGCGCCUAGGUGCGGCGGCGCAGUCCAGCCGCCGGGGAGGGGCGGCCUCGGGUCGCCACCGGCGCCCCUCUUCUCGCGGUCCUCUCCAGCCGCCAUCGGAGGGAGCGCCGCGGCGCCCCGGGCAUGGGCAUCUCGUCGCGGCAGUAGCCGGCCAGAGCAGGGCGCGACGUGGCCCGGGCAGCAGCCUCCGGCCAUGGAAGUGGGCAAGAUGACCGUCAGUAUCAACAAGGCCAUUAAUGCUCAGGAAGUUGCUGUCAAAGAGAAACAUGCCAGAACCUGCAUCCUGGGGACGCACCAUGAGAAAGGGGCCCACACCUUCUGGUUGGCCGUGAACCGCUUGCCCCUCUCCAGCAAUGCCGUCCUCUGCUGGAAAUUUUGCCAUGUCUUCCACAAGCUCCUCCGUGAUGGGCAUCCAAACGUGUUGAAGGACUCCAUGAGGUACAAGAACGAGCUCAGCGACAUGAGCCGCAUGUGGGGCCACCUGGGUGAGGGCUUCGGGCAGCUGUGCAGCAUCUACCUCAAACUGCUCAGAACCAAAAUGGAGUUCCACACAAAAAACCCCCGCUUCCCGGGAAACCUCCAGAUGUCAGACCGGCAGCUUGACGAGACGGGAGAGAAUGACGUGAAUAACUUUUUCCAACUCACUGUGGAGAUGUUUGAUUACCUGGAGUGUGAACUGAACCUCUUUCAGACAGUGUUCAGUUCCUUGGACAUGUCUCGUUCUGUGUCUGUCACGGCUCCUGGGCAGUGCCGCCUGGCCCCGCUGAUCCAGGUCAUUCUAGACUGCAGCCACCUCUAUGACUAUACAGUGAAACUUCUCUUCAAGCUCCACUCCUGUCUCCCAGCUGACACACUCCAAGGCCACAGGGACCGGUUCCUGGAGCAAUUCAGGAAGCUGAAGGAUCUGUUCUAUCGCUCCAGCAACCUUCAGUAUUUCAAGCGGCUUAUUCAGAUCCCACAGCUGCCUGAGAAUCCCCCCAAUUUCCUGCGGGCCUCAGCACUUUCUGAGCACAUCAGCCCUGUGGUUGUCAUCCCAGUGGAAGCCUCUUCCCCUGACAGCGAGCCCAUCACGGACCUCGUAGAGAUGGAAACAUCUUCACAGCAGAGUCUAUUUGACAAUAAGUUUGAUGACCUUUUUGGCAGUUCGUUCAGCAACGAUCCAUUCAACUUUAACAGCCAGAAUGGGAUGACCAAGGAUGACAAGGACCGGCUAAUUGAGCAGCUGCACAGGGAGAUUAGCACCCUCAAGGAGGAGCUGAAGAACUUCAAGGCUGAGAGCCAUCGCCUCAUGAUGCAGCUGAAGGGGCGCGUCAGUGAGCUGGAGGCAGAACUGGCGGAGCAGCAGCACCUGAAGCAGCAGGCCCUGGACGAGAGCGACUUUCUGCGCACAGAACUGGACGAGCUGAAGAAGCGGCACGAGGACACGGAGAAAGCCCAGCGCAGCCUGACGGAGAUAGAGAGGAAAGCACAAGCAACAGAGCAGCGAUACACAAAGCUAAAGGAAAAGCACAGUGAGCUGGUGCAGAACCAUGCAGACCUCCUGCGCAAGCAUGCUGAGGUCACCAAGCAGGUGACGGUGGCAAGACAAGUCCAGAGUGAUGCAGAACGGGACAGGAAAGAGCUGGAAGACUCCUUCCAGCGGCUGGGCGAGCAGGCUCAGUGGAAGACUCAGGAGCAGGUGGAAGUCUUGGAGGCCUUGCGGAGGGAGCUCGUUGCCAGCAAAGAGGAACUUCAGGCCCUCCAAAGCACGGUUGAGUCCAGUGCACGGUCUGAAGCAGAGGCCCACAGUCAGUUGGCCAGCCUGCAGCUGGAGACAAGCACCCUCACAGAGACAGUGGCCCAGCGUGACCAGCGGGUGGCCGCUUUGCAGGCCGAAAUGCAGCAGCUGAAGACCACCCUGGAGAGAGGGAAGGAGGACAGCAGCAAAGUGGUGGAGGAGCUGCAGAGACGCCUGGGGGAAAGGGAGAGGAGCACGCAGUCCCUCCGGCAGCAGCACCUGGACAAGCAGUUUGCCCUGCUUCAGUGUGCCGUGAGGGAGGCUGAGCAGAUGGUGCAGGAUGCCCUGAACCGACUCGAGGACCCCACUCACAGCAGCUGCACAAGCUCGGCAGAUUACCUUCUGUCCAGGACCCUUGCGGCUUCCGAGUGCGUGCAGCGGCUGCAGGAGGCGGGCAGCCAAUACCUUUCUGACCAGUCAGAUGUGAGCAGCGUGUUGUCAUGUGUGACUCUCUUUGGCCACCUGAUUGGGGACACCGUCUUGCAGGCGAGCGCCACAUCACACAUGGCCCCCAUGGAGCCUGCCGACGUGCUGUUGGAGGCCUGCAGGCACUGCGGUGGUGAGUCCUUGCACUACCUGGGGGCCCUGAAGGCCAAAGCCUCUUGGGAAAGUGCUGACAACGCAGCCGUCAGGAACUGCCUGGGGAGAAUCACUGCCAUUGCAGAGGACCUGCUUCCCAAGGGCCUGGACAUCAAGCAGGAGGAACUGGGAGACCUGGUGGACAAGGAGAUGGCGGCCACGGCAGCAGCCAUCGAGACGGCAGCUGCCAGGAUUGAGGAGAUGCUGAGCAAGUCUCGGGCAGGGGACACUGGAGUCAAACUGGAGGUCAAUGAGAGGAUUCUGGCCUCCUGCACAGGCUUAAUGCAGGCCAUCCAGGUCCUGGUUGAGGCUUCCAAGGACCUCCAGCGGGAGAUUGUCGAGAGCGGAAGGGGAGCAGCAUCCCCCAAGGAAUUUUAUGCCAGGAACUCCCGCUGGACAGAGGGGCUGAUUUCUGCCGCCAAAGCUGUAGGCUGGGGAGCAACUGUGAUGGUAGAUGCUGCUGACCUCGUGGUCCAAGGCAAGGGGAAAUUUGAGGAGCUCAUGGUCUGCUCACAUGAAAUUGCAGCAAGCACAGCCCAGCUUGUUGCUGCUUCAAAGGUGAAGGCAGACAAAGGCAGUGCAAACCUCAGCAAGCUUCAGGCAGCCUCCCGGGGCGUCAACCAAGCAACGGCCAGAGUGGUGGCCUCCACCAAGUCAGGGAAGUCGCAAAUUCAGGAGAAAGACACCAUGGACUUCUCUGCCAUCACACUAACGCAGAUCAAGCGCCAAGAAAUGGAUUCCCAGGUGCGAGUCCUGGAGCUGGAGAGCCAGUUGCAGAAGGAGCGCCACCGCCUGGGGGAGCUCCGGAAGAAGCACUACGAACUGGCCGGGGUGGCCGAGGGCUGGGAGGAGGAUGGUGCUGAUCUGGCCCCCUGAAGAGACAGCCAGAGAAGAGGCGCCUUCAGUCGGUGUGACUCCUUCCAAACAUAAACGAUAAACUCGUUUGGAACAUACCGCAAAGCCUGUGCUCACCAUGCAGACGUUCCUCCCUCAGGCCAGCCAGGGCCAGGGCGACCUGCUGGUCAAGAAGGUGGUAGCAAAGACUGGUGGGAGGAGGGGAGCCCCCCCCCAGCAGCAUAGUAGCAACAGCAGCAGCAUCCCAUAAGCAUCACCCCACCAAAGCUACAGGACCCACUCUGCGCUCAUGUGCAUUAUUCCAGCUUUGCAGCCUCUCUGCAAGAGUUCCAUUCCACCUCUUUCCCCCCUGACCCUCCUGAGUUCAUUUCCUUAUUUGCACAACUCUGAGCCGCUGGGCUUGGUUUUUGCCCAAGCCACAGCCCGUGGUGACCUCUCUGCUCACGUGGCUUCUCUUCAUCUGCAUCUCUUGUCCUGGGAGCCAAGAUGGUGGCAGGACCUGCUGAGGUGGUGGCAGUGUGCAUGCACACCCUGUGUGGGUAGGUCUGGAGGAAGAUGGACUUCUGUGCACCCAGACCACCGCAGCAGCAUGGGGCCCCCGUUGUGUGACCUUGCCUGCCCCAUCCUGGCAGCUGCAGCCAUCUCCUCAAAGGCCGUUCAGUGGAUGGCAGGAAACCCUCCCCAGCCUGGGAGCCCCCCCUUUUCUCUGCCUCUGCUGCCCACCCCCGUCUUGCUCCAACAAAGCAGGCCCUUCCCCGCUGCUUCAGAGCAGCCUGCUGUGUGUUGAGCCAGCAAUAAACAGCUGAGAAUCUCACCGGCAAGAAGAGCAUGCAGCUGGCCUCUUGUUGGGCUCUGUUAGGGACUCCACCUGCUGUGUACAGAGCAGACCAGUUGCCCUUUUACCGCUUGGACUCUAUUAGCACAGCAGAAGCUGAGCACAGUGUCUGCCUGCUCUCCUCGGGCCCUGUCUUGGCCCAUCAGAGCCAGGAAUGGCCAGCAGGGCGUAGCAGCUGACUGUCUCGAAGGCAGUCUGGAUCCUCUUGUAGACCUUGCUUCUCUCCCCUGCUGCCUCAGGCGCCUCGUAAUCACUGUGAGCCAUUAGCCAUACAACAAGGGGACCAUCUGGAGAGCAAUCCUGUGCUCUCUCCUGACUCAAGAGCACACAAGCAUAUGUGUGAAUAUAAACACACGCAGCCUAGAUGUAACCUUCCAGUGGGGCAAUCCAGUGUGUGCCUGCUCCUCGCUCCAGGUGGGCAAUCCCUCUGAAGCUGUGCCCCUCCGCCCUGCUACGUCGGGUGAGGCUGUCCUGUGCCUCAUGUUUGCAGACAAGCCAGCCUGAUUCUUCCAAGAAGUUGCCGGGGGGGGGGGCUUCAGGCUACACUCCAAGCAGAGGUGAUACCUAGGGUGCCCUGAAAUGUCUUCUGCAAUGGUUCCACGUUCUGCCAAGGGAUCUGGGGGCUUUGGGAGCUCUGAUAAUGGAGAGGUGGCAUGGGUGUGUGUGCUGGGCCCAGCAUCAGCUUUUGGGUAGAGUGGGGGGGCAGCUUUCACCCUGCCUUUGAAACAGCAGGGAAGCUGGUGAGUCUGGCUUGUGCACUGGGUCACCACAGUGCCCAUGGACCCGGUCCAGACCCCUAUCUUUAGCCUCAGGUCACCCCAGGCCAGCCUGCCUGUGGCACACUGCCUUUGGGGACUAGGGGCACCCCAAGGAAGAGCCAGGGUUUCUCGUUUGCCUUGCAAGUUUUUCCUGCCCCACCAGUUCUUCUCCAGAAAACAUGGCUUAGGCCAUCAGCCUCCUGAAUUUGUGCCUGUUAUGCCCAAGGCCUCCCUGCCACCUGGAGGGAACCAGCCAGCCCCUCUCCUCCCACCGCCAGCUUGAAUGAGGCUGCUCAUCCGCCAGCCUGCCUGCCUCCAAAGAAACAGGAACAGCCUUGUUGCCACAGCACAUGAGGAGGGCUUUCCCCGGCACGGAAAUGCCCCUGCUCAGCCCUUCUGGGACAACAAGCCUUCUGCCCCCAGACUACCUCAGGUUUCUAAGGCGACUGGCCCUGCGUGUUGGGGACAAAAUGGAAGAGGGGCAGGCCAGAGUGACAUCCCAAGAGUGGCAGAAAGACCGUUUUGCCUCACCAGUGAAGUGCUCACUCUCUUCCUUUUUUUUUUAAACUUUUCGUAAAUUGGGGCAGGGGUGGGGAUGGAGCAGACUUCCAUUAGAGCAGCUUCCCCUGCGUGACUAAAAUGGCUCACCACGGGCUGGGGGCCCUCCUGGUCGAUCCAGGCACCAGCUCUCUUUUUCCAACAAAACUUUUAAUUAUUGUAUUAAAUACAAGCUGUUUUUUUCCUUUGUAUAAUAAGUUGAAUGUGUGAUUUCCAUUUUUAAAUAAAUAUUUCAACCCACA